UUAGUAUAUCAAUAAAUUAAUAUAUCUAUAAAUUAAUUAAAAAGUUAUAGUUUUCGUAUAGUCCCAACAUUAUUUAAUUUAUAGAGGUCAAACAAGUGAUUGUUGUUAAAAAAAGAGCCAACAUUAUUUAAUUUAUAGAGGUCAAACAAGUGAUUGUUGUUAAAAAAAGAGCAAAUGAUUUGAGUCCGGUUCAAUUGGCUGAGCCGGUUUAGUCAAAUUGAUUUAUUUGAUUUUUAGAUGGUUCACUCAUUUGAUAUGUACGAUUGGAAUCUUACAUUACAUCAUCUCAUUACAUGUUUGCAGUCAGGUUUUUUUUUUGAAUCCGAUACCGAUCCAAAAAGUGAAAGUUAGAUAUUUUCGCUUUCAUGUGUGUGUAUGUUUAUUCGUCAUCAUCAUCAUCAUAAAAACCGAAAGUGAUUUUAAGAGAGACAGAGACAUAAGUGUGAAAUGAAAAAUGAGCACCGAGUCAAAGUGUUGUCUCAGACACGAAUAAAUUCUCUUCUUUUUCCUUUUUCAGCUUUUUUUUCCUAUUUAUUUCAUUUUUUUUUGUCGCAAAAUCAUUUAAAGCGACAGGUAGGCCAAAAACAAGGAGAGUAGUGUGUGAAGUGAAGUGUGAGCCCAACCACCACCCUCAAAGCUGGAAACUUUGUUCUUUUCUUUCUUCUUCUUCUUCCGCUCCGACCAAAGAUGCUUUGUCUCAAAUCCGAAGCCCUCCGUGAAGAUCAGACGUUAGCUUCCUCUUCUUCUUCUUCUCCCAGCAUCGAUCGUACCGCCGCAAAUGCCACUUUUCGUAUUCCCAUCAACUGGGGAAGCUCGAUCCGUAGGUAUUUGAAAAAGACUGGUACUUUCUCAAGAAGAUCUUACUCCUCUGGAGAUGGCUCUUUGUAUUUUCCUGAUCUAGAUGUAAAUAAUGAAAGCAAGAUUCUUGAUCAAACUAGUGGUAGAUUUGAAGGUAAAAGUAGAGUCUGGUACAAAUGUGAGCUUGAACAAGAUAUUAAGAAGCUGCAGCAGCAGUUACAAGAAGAGAUCAACUUACGUUUAGCUCUAACGAGUGCUGUUGAGCACUCUAGUUCUCCCUUUAUGGAAUCACCUUGUCAACUUCCUGAUAAGGCACAAGAGCUUUUGGACAGCUUAGCCGUACUGGAGAUCACAGUGUCAAAGCUUGAGCAAGAAUCAGUUUCGUUGAGAUAUUUACUAAGGCAAGAGAAGAACGAACGGCGUCUCACUGAGAUUCUACAAAAGAAGAAGUCUCAUUAUUGUGCGCCUUCAAAGCUCACUAAUGCACAAAGUUUCCCUAACAAGUUGGUGACAAGGAAAAGAGAGAGUAAACAAGUGGUUUCUGUGGAUGAUGAAGCUUUACAAAUAGACUGAAGAAGAAUAGAAAGAUUGAUGUCAUCUUAGCCAUAUCCAGAUUGCUUGAUCUAUAGUCCCUGGGCUAAAUCUUUCAAAAAGUCUUCUAAGUUUCUUCAUCACCCUCCUGGUGUGUUAGAAUUUGCCUUCCAGACUCAACAAACUGGUCCCUGAGCAUUGCUACAUCGAAAUCUUUGAAAGAAUACACAGCUCUUCUACCUACUGCAAGCUCUGUUCUAUAUUUGCUUAGAAAGAGUAAGGUUAUGCCUUGUAGGAGCAGCAAUGAGAAGCUCAUAUCUACUCUAUUAAAACAUAGAAUGCAUUGUUGUUAUCACUUGGCAAAUCAAUUGAUCAUUUAUUCUAUU